AUGCCGCCAGUGCCUGCUGCUCUUCCGACCCUCCCAGCAAAGGACACUCCUCCUUCUCCUCAGGCUCAACCCUUUCCCUAUGUACCGCCUCUUAGUGCAAGCCUGACUCCACCUCCUGCUGCCGGACCGUCAUCACAACCGCAACCUCCAUUGCCACAAGUUCCCACUCAGGAUAGCUUCGAUAAGUCAAUGCCCGUUACAGUCAUGAUAUGGCUUGAGAACAAUGUUCCCUGCACUGAAGCAAUGUUGUAUCCAUGCAUGGACUCACGGGUUCGGUUCUCUGACUUCAAAGUCUUGCUUGGACAGCUUGGGGUCGAACAGACGCAAGAUAUUGAAGUGUUUCAUGCGGUCCAAGAGCGUUGGCUUCCCACGGCAUGGAAUACUCCCCAUGCGGUCUCGGCCCGUGGUCAUAUCCUCCUAGUUCGCAUUGUCGGUGUUGAAUAUCUUGAUAAAUUUGAGGAUCAUUUACCGUGGGUGAGCAGUAACUUUUUAGUAACUCCUCCCCCUACCGUUGACCGCAAGGGUAAGAAGCGAGCAUUCCCUUAA